AUGGAAGACACACUAGCGUACGGAGGCGCGUUUUAUAUACUGAACAAAUUAUACUUCAGCUCGCUCCUCGCAACGCUUAAUCGCCGUGAAAUGCUCCGUGCGCAAAUGCACGCCCCCACAGGCGGGAUGAUUUCCAUCUCCUUCGGUACAAAUACGAACACGCGCGCUGGGGAGGGGUUGAGUGUGGCUAUGGAUACGUUGGGAAAUGAGGGGGAUACGGGUACUAUGUCGGAGAUACGGACGAAGACGGAGAUGAAGACGAUGGGCGAUCCGGUUUCUGCGGUUUACAAUAGCGCUGAUCAAGCGCAAGCGGGAUUUUUUGAGAUUAAAGUGGAGAGGCACGUUAUAUAA